GUGAUGAUGACCAGAUUGUAGGGCAGAACAGGUCCACAGUGGAGAGACUAAAGGCGUGUCCCGUCUUCCAUCCCCCGUGGUCAUUUCCUGCUGGGAAGUCCGAGUUCAUACCUGCUUCACCUUCACAGCCUAGGUCCUGGGAUUCCUCACUUCGGAGCCCACAAAACCAGCCCUCCAUUCUUCCCUUUCUACCUAGAGUCUCCCCCAGGGGGCCCUCGUCCUGGGCCAUGGCCCUAAUGGUGGGCCUGGGACCUGGGCAGCUGGAGGCUGUGGCCAUUCUUCUCCUGAUCGGAUUGCUCCAGCCAAGAAUGGGAGCUGACGGAGAUGAAGCCCCCUGUGGUGUAGUCAUCCAGCCGCGUAUCGCAGGCGGUGGCAGUGCCAGGCCGGGUCAGUGGCCCUGGCAGGUCAGCAUCACCUUCGAUGGCGUUCAUGUGUGCGGUGGGUCUCUCGUGUCGAACCAAUGGGUGGUGUCAGCUGCUCACUGCUUCCCAAGAGAACACAGCAAAGAACUUUAUGAGGUAAAGCUGGGGGCCCACCAGCUAGACUCCUACAACAGUGACACUGUGGUCUGCAAGGUGGCUCAGGUCAUCUCCCACUCAAGCUACCGUGAAGAGGGCUCCCAGGGGGACAUUGCCCUCAUCCGCCUCAGCAACCCUGUUAACUUCACCCGCUACAUCAAACCCAUCUGCCUCCCUGCAGCCAACGCCUCCUUUCCCAAUGGCCUCCACUGUACUGUCACAGGAUGGGGUCAUGUGGCUCCUUCAGUGAGCCUCCAGACACCCAGGCCUCUGCAGCAGCUUGAGGUCCCGCUCAUCAGCCGGGAGACCUGCAGCUGCCUGUACAACAUCAAUGCUGUGCCUGAGGAGCCCCACACGAUCCAGCAGGACAUGCUGUGUGCUGGCUAUGUGAAGGGAGGCAAGGACGCUUGCCAGGGUGACUCUGGAGGGCCACUCUCUUGUCCCGUGGAGGGGCUGUGGUAUCUGGCAGGCAUUGUGAGCUGGGGUGAUGCCUGUGGCGCCCCUAACAGGCCUGGAGUAUACACUCUGACUUCUACAUAUGCUUCCUGGAUCCACCACAAUGUGGCAGAACUCCAGCCUCGGGUAGUUCCCCAAACUCAGGAGUCCCAACCCGACGGUCACCUCUGCAACCAUCAUCCUGUCUUCAACUCAGCCCCAGCCCAAGGAUCGUUAAGCCCUACACUUUUCCUGCCACUGGGCCUGACCCUGGGUCUCUUCUGCCUUUGGCUUGAACAUUAAGCUACUUAACCCUCAAAGCUGACCUGCGUCCAGGACCAACAGCAUCCCCAAGGACAUGUGCCUGUCCAGGAGGGCACCAACUUGAUCUUUGAGCCCAUUCUUCUGAGUUUGCUCUUUGGGAUUAUAAUCUACAGCCAAGAAGUUCACAGCUUGUGGAGUGGGACAGAAAUUCUAGCCACCUUUCUGUUAUCUACAGCUUACUGGUUAGGCUCCUAUGGAGCUCCCAUAAGCCUCAGCUAGGGAAACAAGCCCUGACCUCAACCUGUACCCAGCACAAAGGACACCUGCCUAGCUGACUGCUGCAGCAGGCUGGCUUCAGGGCCCUACCCACCUGCCUGAUGAGCCCAUCACCUGUCCUCUUCCUGCCUCCUGGGCUUUGCCUGUCUUGCGCUAGGAAAAACCUCAGCCUUACUCCACUGGCUGCCAAGCUGACUGCCAAGUUGAGCUGACUCCUGGACUCCGGAGGACUGAGCCCCCACCGGAGCUGGCUGGGGCUUGGAUCAGGGUGAGGGGUAACAAGGAGUAAAUGUUUUUUAACACAA